AUAGAGCAAUUUCAAAUUCAAAUCCGAUCGUUACCUAACUCAAAGCUUCGGUGUCACGUCGAUCGCAUUUUUUAAUUAAAAUUCGAGGGGAAAGACGAAGAUGCAAUGUUGAUAUCCCUGAGUCAACUUCGAUUGUUGAUGCAAACCUCGACAACGUCGAUGACUUCCGUACCAAAACCCCUCAAGUAUUUGAAGAGCUCGUACAACGAUAUGAAAAACGCGCAUAAAAAGAUUCGAAGGAGGGACGUGAAACGGCAAUUCGCGGAAGUAUUGAGCGUAUUAUCGAUGGCUGGGGCCACGCCUGGUUCCAAGGAAUGUUUGCGAUAUUGCACCGAUGGUGAAGUGACGAACCCUGGUGAGUGGGGUCACGAAUACGUCAGACAGCUCGAAGCUGAAAUCGUAGACGAGUGGACGAACGCUCCUGUAAAGGACGAGGAACGUAUCAGAACGCAGCUUACUCCUUUGGUGAACGGUAUCAUAAAAUUCGACAUGAAGCACAACGCCGAAAUACCUGGAUGCGAUUUAUGUUUGGAGAUCGAUCAAUUGAACUUUUUAAACGAAAGUUUGGAUAAUACGAAUUUCGAGAGGGUUUGUCGGUAUCUGGAGAGUUGCGCGGUCUACAGCGAGGAUAUCGAAAGAAGACAAAUAUUGCAGACCGUGGUCGAUCAUUAUCUGCGAUUCCAAGAAUAUUGCAAAGCAAUGUUAGUAGCCCUUCAAUUGGGAGACUCGGAUCUUGUGCACAAAUGUCUCACCACCUGCCCUGACGAUUUAAUGCGAAAACAAUUGUCAUUUAUACUCGUGAGACAAAGGGAGAAUCCAUUGAAGAAGGAUUACGAAGGAGGCGAUGCCAAGGAUAUCGAAGCUAUCUUGAGCAACAGUCACGUCAAUAAUCAUUACCAUUUGCUCGCGAGGGAACUCGACAUUCUGGAACCCAAACACCCGGAUGACAUUUACAAAACCUGGCUGGAAACUAAUACUCUGAGACGAGCGGAGUACGAUUCGGCCAGGGCCAACCUGGCAGCUACGUUCGUUUCCGGUUUCGUUCACGCUGGCUUCGGUCAGGACAAACUGAUGGCGAACACCAACGAUUGCUGGGUUUAUAAAAAUAAGGAGCACGGAAUGCUCUCGGCAACCGCUUCUCUGGGACUGAUACACAUGUGGGACGUGGACGGUGGUCUGGUACCGAUCGACAAGUAUCUCUACACCAACGAUCACAACAUCAAAGCAGGCGCUUUACUCGCGAUAGGUUUGGUUAACUGUGGUGUUCGCAACGAAUGCGAUCCGGCGUUGGCGCUCCUCAGCGACUACGUGUAUUCCGAAAACGUUACACUGAGAAUCGGAGCGGUUUUAGGACUGGGUUUGGCCUACGCUGGCUCGCAGAGGUCUGAUGUCACGGAACUUUUAACAGGAGUAUUGGUAGACGAAGCAAGUACCAUGGAAAUCGUGUCUCUCGGAGCAAUCGCGAUAGGUUUGAUAAACGUUGGCUCUACCGACGCCGAAGCUUCGUCGACGCUUUUGCAGAGAUUGAUAGAGCUUACACCUCAAAAGCUGUCUAGUACCUACUCCAGGUUAGAGACAGAAUUAUGUCUAUCAAAUACGUUUCACGACUAUGCAGGAGGGUUCGUUCGAUCUCGUUUUUGUAGAUUUUUACCGCUGGCACUGGGCAUGAUCUACAUGGGUUGCCGCGACAUCAUAGACGCACCUUCGGCUGCUCUCGAAGUCUUACCCGAUCCUUACAAGCUUGCUGCACAGACUAUGCUGGAGGUGUGUGCGUAUGCCGGUACAGGAGAUGUAUUGAUCGUUCAAGGAUUAUUACGAAUUUGUUCGGAACCGGCGAACGGUGAAGGCGUUCCCGUCACCCCGGUUAACAGUCCGACGAGCUGCUGCUGCGAUCAACGGUCUCGAAUCGUCGAACUUCCUGAGAAGAGAACAAAAGAGAAAUUAGAAGAGAAGCAUGCAGGAUCAAAGGAUAUUGGAUCGACGCAGGCCAUAGCUACGUUGGGUGUCGCUGCCGUUGGGUUAGGAGAGGGAAAAGAGGACUCGAGGAUCUUCGGACAGAUAGGAAGAUACGGUCCCACAGCCGCGAGACGCGCAAUGCCACUCGCUCUAGGUUUAUCGUUUUUGUCAAAUCCAGACUUGUCGGUCUUGGAUGUACUGAACAAAUACAGCCACGACAACGAUUCUGACGUAGCUAACAACGCGAUCUUUGCUCUCGGUCUUGUCGGUGCUGGGACGAACAACGCGCGUCUCGCCACUAUGCUGAGGCAACUAGCCUGUUACCACGCGAAGAACCCCACGCACCUAUUCCUCGUUCGAAUUUCCCAAGGCUUGGUCCAUCUUGGCAAAGGUACGUUGUCUAUAUCUCCUUUGCGAUACGCUUCCAAGGUGUUGGACAAGGUCGCCUUGGCUGGAUUACUGGUAGUCCUGGUGGCGUUUCUCGAUUGUCAAAAUCUGAUCCUAUCCAAGUCUCAUUAUUUGAUGUAUUGUCUGGCGCUUGCAAUGGAACCUAGAUGGUUGGUCACCUUGGAUGAAAAUUUGCAGAGUCUACCGGUGUCUGUGAGGGUUGGGAAAGCUGUAGACAUCGUGGGCAAAGCUGGCAAUCCUAAAUCCAUCUCUGGUGGAUACGUUCACACGACACCAACGUUGCUUUCCUCCGGAGAAAGAGCAGAGCUUGCUCUAGACGAGUACGAGGCGUUGUCCAGCGUUUUGGAGGGCUUCGUUAUUCUUCGAGAGAAAUCGAACGUUUCUUAG